AUGCCGGAAGACGCCGCGACAACCGACGCCGUCGCGCGCGCCACCGCGACGCUCGGCGACGCGCGCGCGCCGACGCCCGCGCGCUUCUCCGCGCUCUUCCAGCUCCGCGCGCUCGCGACGCCCGACGCCGUCGACGCGCUCGUCGAGCGGCUGCGCGCGUCGCGCUCGGAUUCGGCGCUCGUGCGGCACGAGUGCGCGUUCGCGCUGGGGCAGAUGCGCGCGCGACGCGCGAUCGACGCGCUGAUGGAGACGCUGCGGGACGGCGACGACGACGGGAUGGUUCGACACGAGUGCGCCGAGGCGCUGGGCGCGAUCGCGAGCGACGAUGGACGAUGCGCGACGGCGCUGAGGGAAGCGGCGGGGGAUGCGCGCCGGGAGGUGGCGGAGACGGCGGCGCUGGCGCUGAGGAAACUGGAGAUCGUCGAUCCGAUCCCGGCGAUGCCGACGGAGACGCCGUUCGAGCGAUUGAAGGCGGUGGUUUUGGACGACGCGCACGAAAUGUGGGAGCGGUACGCGGCGAUGUUCGCGUUGCGGAAUAAAUCGUGCGCCGAUCGAGAAUCCAGCGACGCGUGCGCGGACGUCCUGGGCGAGGUUUUGAGCGCGAGCGGGAGCGCGCUGCUGAAGCACGAGGUGUGCUACGUGUUGGGGCAAUUACAGAGCGCGAGCCCGGGGGCGCGAGACGCGUUGAUUCGAUGCCUCGAAGACUCGCGCGAGCACCCCAUGGUGCGUCACGAAGCCGCCGAAGCGCUCGGAUCGAUCGCGCAUCCGAGCACGCGAGGGUACCUCGAGUCGUUCGCGUCCGAUCCCGAGCCCAUCAUCGCCGAAUCGUGCGAAGUGGCGCUCGAAAUCAUGCGCCGAGAGCGCGAGGGCGAAAUCGUCACCGCCGACGGCGCCGUCGUCGCCGUCAAACGCGACUGA